CAUCGACAUUGACUUAUAAGAUUGCAAUGACGUAUUCUUUAAAAUUUCGAUUUGUGGCGAAAAUUAUAUAAAAAAUAGCGAAUUAAAUUCGUAAAACUUCUUUUGCGUAUCAUGUACACUAUUAUUUUAUUGGUAUAACAGUAGUGGACACUCAAAAGUUUGAAGAGUUUUUAUUUAUUUUACAUGUUAGAACAAUUUGCAAACAAUGGCGAAAACUAAGGUUACAGGAGCGACUAGUCGACUGAAACAGGACUAUCUCAGGCUGAAAAAUGACCCUGUACCGUACGUGACCGCGGAGCCCGUCCCAUCGAAUAUUCUAGAGUGGCAUUACGUCGUGAAAGGACCAGAGAAAAGUCCGUACGAAGGCGGAUACUAUCACGGCAAAAUUAUAUUUCCAAGGGAAUUUCCAUUCAAGCCGCCGUCUAUUUACAUGAUCACGCCGAACGGGCGGUUCAAGACGAACACCAAACUGUGCCUUAGCAUUACCGACUUUCACCCGGACACAUGGAACCCCGCGUGGUCUAUCUCUACUAUACUGACGGGCUUACUCAGCUUCAUGCUGGAAAAAACUCCGACGCUCGGCUCCAUCGAGACAUCGGACAACCAGAAGCGCUGCCUGGCGGCCGAAUCUCUGGAAAUCAAUCUCAAAAACAAAAUGUUCUGUGAACUGUUCCCUGAAUAUGUGGAGGAGAUAGAACUGCUGCUGAAGGAGCGGCAGGAAGCUAUCCUGCAUCUCGAUAGCACUAGCAGCAUGGGCGACAGUGAAGUGAUUACUGAGCAGCAGUCCAACAUGUACUAUAUCAUGACAAACCUUUUUGUGCUUGUGGGCUUUGUGUUUCUUGCCUACAUGGUCAAAUACGUCCUGGUUUCCAUAUCUAAUGACUAGGCAAUAAUAUUGUGCUAAUUUAAACUUGUAUGUAAAUACUGUAAUUUAUUUUGUAUAUAUAAUAUUUAAAACAUUUUAUAGAAAUGUUAAAGGUAGCACUGAAUCAUACAAAAGUUAUUAUAAACACAGUAGUUUUGUUUGCUUUGAUCUGUGACAGUUUGAUAAUGAAUUAUUAUUAGAAAGAACAUUUUGAUAUAGAAACCUUGAUACUGUGUGAUUGGAAAUCUGUUAGUUUGUUAAAUAUCAGCAUUAUUAGUAUGAAAUAAUGACCAUUUCACAAGUAUUUUAAAAUUAAUGUGUUCUUUAAUAGAAACGAAUCAUCUGUCUAAACAGAAUUGACUACUUUUAGUCUACAUAGGUACAGCAAAGAAUUUUUAUUGUCAUGUUGUAUUAUGAAAGUAGCUUGCAUGAAUUACAUGUAAAAAACAUAGUGAGAGGCCUAUGUAUGUGCGGUAUAUGAAUGCAACCUAAGCUAAUAAGUAUGAUGAAAAAUAAUAGGUAAAACAUACAGGCUGGGGCAGAAGAUAUUGAAAUAAAAGUUUCAGGGUCGGCUUUUCUUCAGCUUCUGUGAUUUAACUGUUUAGUGCUUUGAUGGUAGAAGUUAAUUUUAAAUUAUUCCAUCUUUCAGAUGUUUUGUUUUAAAAAAUAAUUGUAUUGAUUUCUUAUUAUUUUAAUAUAAUAGAAUAAAAUUAUCACAUCCUGUUCACCAAAUCUUGUUUAAAGUCACCUUUCUAAGACAUUAGUCACUUCAGCAUUUGAGUAACUAUAUUUAAUCCUAUUUAGAGUUUUGUUAUUUUCUGUGUAAAAUUGUCAUCAUCUUGGAUUCUAGUGAACUGAUUUCAGUAAAAACUGGAGAAGCUUUUAAGCCCGACUAAGUAUAUGUUUUCAAGAUACAAGCAUUCUCUACCAAAUGUCAAAAUGGGUUAAGCAGAUGAGCUGUGAAAAAGUGACACACACUUUCCCUUUUAUAUUAUUGAUAAUUUGGUUGUACAACCAAACUAGUACCAUUACUUUAAAUUUUUUUGUUACCUACAAUAGUAGGUACAGGUACCCCGCAGGAAAUAUUGUUUAUCAACCUUUAGAAAGAGAUAGCGGAUUUGUAGAGCGUUGUCUCUGUCAUUGAGACUGACAAAACGUCACACAGAGUGACAGAGACAAUGCUCUACUACUAAUUUAAUUUCUUUUUAAUUACUUAAUCUUGUUUGGUUUUUAACUGUGAUAAGAAAACAGCCUUAGAAAAUAAUACCUACUGUUCUUAAAAAAAUGCAGUUUUAUUCCACAUUAAUUUGUUCUUGCAACCACAGAAUUCAGAAUUAUGUACAGUAUAGAAGUGGUAUAGAAAGUCACGGUACUAGUCUAUACCUUAUUUAGAAUUCUGUAACUCAUAGACAAAAUAACUCAUGAUGAACAGAUUUUGAUAAAACCUUAGAGAUAGGUAUAGAGCAAGAUCCUAGGACCGCCAGACGUUACUUUGUUUCUGAGAAACAAAAAGAGUUGGAUAGAGUAGUAUUAGUGUGUAUUUUUAACGUAGUACAUACGCAUAUCAGCUAGCUUGUGCCAACGAUCAAUUCAUAGGUAUCAGCUGCCCAUUAUAGGCAUUAGUAUUCUACUACAUAAAAAUCAGCACUCUAACUAAGAAAACUGAGUAAUGUUUUUACAUACCUUUAGCAGCUUGUAUCUUUGAAUUAGCCGUCGUUGGCACUAGCUAGCAGAUGCAUGCCUUCGUUAAAAAUACAACACUAUCCAACUCUUUGUCAGUGGCGGUCCUGGGAUCUUAGCUUAUUAAGGUGAACGUACACUUACCCGAGCCGCACGCGUCGAACGAAACGAAUUUAAGAAUUCUGUGUAUGAAAUCUCGCACACUUCCCCGCGUUAGAUCGUCCGAAUCGGAAGUUUGCGAGGUUUCAUAUAAAGAAUUCUAAAAUUCGUUUUGUUCGACUCGGAUAAGUGUGCGUUCACGUUAAU